AUGCGAGUCUUGAAAUGGACUACUGACUUUAACCCAACACAUGAAAGUUCUAUAGUUCCGGUUUGGAUCUCUUAUGAAGGUCUCCCCAUUCAUCGUUUCGACAAGGACUAUUUGUGGAAAGUUGCUAGCAUCAUAGGGACUCCUCUUCAAAUUGAUGUGCCAACUCUCAACAUGUCACAACCUUCGGUGGCUCCAUCAAAACAGCAAUCAAAACAACAAAUACUAUCGAAUCCUUCCACCACCAAUGUUGAGAAGAAUCUGUUGCUGAAGGUUGCUGAAGCAGCCGGAGAUCCGACACCUUCUAGUUUUGCCCGGACGGUGACACAAGCUGUUGAUGUGGAGGAUGUCAAUGCAUCGCAGCCGUUGAUAGAAGAUACCGUUGCAACCAUUUCAAAAACCCUAGUCACGCCCUCCAGCUCUAGCGUGCUCCCCUGCGGAAUUUCCACUAUUCCGGCAGCAUUAAUUCAGUGCUCUCGGAAAGCUAUUGAGUGCUCAACCUCCGGAUUGACAACAAUGGAAAAGACUUCCAUUCCAGUAUACAUACCAAACAGCUCACCACUUCCUUUAAUCUCUGAACAAACACAACUUGAAGCCUCUGCAGCCGCAGAGAAAUCCACGCCUGAUUCUGCAGAUCCUCAGCGAGACACUCCAAUUCUUGCUACGGAGAAUCACCAGACUUCCUCUCCGUCGGUGAUUGUUGCUAGCAAUGGUGGCGCAUCAACAUCACCGGAGGUAGAGGUGCGAGACACAAUUGACUGUAGCACCUUUGUUGAUAUUUCUCUUGCUAAUGGAAAUCGCCAAUCAACAUCUGCCCCGCCAUCCACAUCGAUUGACUCGCACGCAGUAACAGUUCAAGGAGAAAAUCCGGCAUCACCAGAAGAACAUCAAUGGCUGCAAUCGGUGGAUUCCCGACUGGGGUUGCAGAUGGAGACUCUAUCUCAUCCUUUGUCUGCGCAAUGA